AUGAAAGGCGUGGAAGAAAAGUAUGACGCUCAACAAGUUCCUGGAGCGAAGAAAACCCAGUGGGCUGCUCUUGCGCGCGACAGGGGAACAGCAGUGUUCUACGUCUCAGUUUUCCAGUACAUUACCUUGGUUGUGGUUUAUUCUAAGGGACCUCCGUAUCGCAAAACACUAUUCAGUAAUCAACCGCUUUGUAUCUCAAUUGUUUUUGUCACUCUGUUAUCACUUUCCAUUAUUCUGUGGUCUCCACUGUGGUUGCUCGACUUCAUGGGUAAUGUGGAUUUGCCAUCCGCCGAGUUCCGAUGUUUGAUCGUCCUUAUCGCCGCCAUCAAUGCCAUCUUCUCCUUUCUUUUUGAAAAGGUCUUCGUUGAGCGUUUCCUAGUGGAUUUUGUAGGAAGAUUAGGAAAACCGCAUGUCAAGUUUGGGUGCCCAGACGGUGUGCUCGUGAAGAGUGACGUUUCCAUUUACGAUUGGAUUCUCUCUCGAAUAGGUGCCGAGGCGUCGUGGCUCACACCACGACUGAGUUUUACGUUGCGACAGUAA